AUGCACAAUGAAUAUCGUCAACAGUUGCUUGAGUGUAAAGUGGACGGACAACCAGCACCUAAGAGAAUGCCUCAACUCAUAUGGGAUGAGGAACUGGCUAGUCAAGCGGAAGCACAAGCAAAAUCUUGUACAUUUUAUGGCAACUAUCCUAAAAGCAGAAGAUUUAAGUCAGUCGAACAGAAUAUUGCUAGUUGUGGAAGUGUCGAAGAUGUUAUGAAAAGAUGGUUUAGUCAACAUAUUUCGUAUAAUUUUAAGGAGAAUAAAUGCCUAUUGCGAUGCGAUCAGUACUUGAAGAUGGUUUCCGCCAACACUACACAUAUCGGAUGUGCAGCCUACAAAUGUCCAUCCGGUGAACACUACUACAUCUUGGCCAUAGUUUGUAAUUAUGGUCCAGGAUUAAGAGGUAUUGUAAGACCAUAUGAAGCGAAGAAUAUCGAUGAAGUAUGUCCAAUGA